CGAGCGAACACGUCAUCCUGACCUAGCCAAGAAACAAAAUAAACAAGAAUGGGGCGACUGGCAGUAUGUGGGGUUGUGGUGUUAUGAUUGUUUAAAGGAUCAUUUAGGCUGUAUUUGACAAAAUCAGUCACGACGUAUUGCACCGUUAACGUUAUAUUUCAAGUGUUAACAGUUGAAUCUCGACUCUGUGAUGAACUGCUCGUGUGACAAUGGAUAGUGAUCUGAGCUCACAGGACAAGAAAGACUUGGAUAAAUUCAUCAAAUUUUUCGCCUUGAAGACAGUGCAAGUCAUAGUUCAGGCACGACUUGGGGAAAAGAUCAGCACUUGCUCAUCCUCAUCACCCACAGGUUCAGACUGGUUUAAUCUGGCAAUAAAAGACAUCCCCGAGGUGACUCAUGAGGCAAAAAAAGCUCUUUCUGGACAACUGCCUGGCAUUGGCCGGUCCAUGUGUGUGGAGAUCUCCCUUAAAACCUCAGAGGGGGACUCCAUGGAGCUGGAGACAUGGUGUUUGGAAAUGAAUGAAAAGUGUGAUAAGGACAUUAAGGUGUCCUAUACAGUUUAUAAUCGACUGUCCCUGCUGCUCAAGUCUUUACUGGCCAUCUCCAGAGUGACACCUGCUUACAAGCUUUCACGUAAACAAGGCCAUGAUUACGUCAUACUUUACAGGAUUUAUUUUGGAGAUGUCCAGCUGACAGGUCUCGGGGAAGGGUUCCAGACAGUGCGAGUGGGUAUUGUAGGCACUCCCAUAGGCACCAUCACUUUGUCCUGUGCGUACCGCACAAACCUGGCCCUAAUGUCUUCAAGGCAGUAUGAGAGAACAGGCCCCAUUAUGGGCAUUAUCAUUGAUCAUUUUGUGGAGCGUCCCUUCACUAAUAUGGCACACAUGCAUCCCUGCAGCUACAGAGCACCUGGUGAGGACGACAGAGGGGCCUAUGCAGGAAUAGAAGAUUCACAGGAGGUGUGCACUACGUCCUUUUCCACCUCCCCACCAUCACAGUGUGUGUGCACUGUAAGUCAGGCACAUUUUAAGACACCUAAGCCAGCUCUGAUGGCCACGCUGAAGGUUCCCCUCAUGGGGCUUGGCAUCUCACAGCAACUGUACAGCUCUCGUAUGUCAUAUCAGACGCCCCCUUUGGGCACUGUGGAUUUGUGCCACCCUACAGCUUGUACUGCUGCUGCACAUCCUCACCAGAUGGUUGUGCCCGGUAAAGAAGGUGGAGUUCCACAGGUACCGCAACAGCCUAAUCAUGGCACUGCAGCUGACCAUGGUCGUAUCCCAUCAUGCCCUUCUGGACAGUCACCACAACCGAUCCCACCCACAUCCUGUAGCAAUGAGGUGAAGAGUGUGUCCCCCUCCGAUGCUCCAGAAACAACUUUCACCAGGAAAGUUGGAGCUUUUGUCAACAAAACCACCACUCAGGUGACAACAACUGGUCUGGAUCUCCCUUUUGCUGCAUUUGCUCCAAGAGCCUAUGACCUGGAGGAGAAUGACCCAAUGGUGCACCCUCCUCCAUCCCCAGCCCCUUCAUCGCCUCUGCAAGGCAGUCUGCACUCAAAUAGCUCAAGCCACUGUGGAGGACAGCCACAAGAUGACUUUGUCAUGGUUGACUUUAAACCAGCGUUCUCUAAGGAUGACCUUUUGCCGAUGGACCUGGGCACUUUUUAUAGAGAGUUUCAAAAUCCUCCUCAACUUGCGAGUCUGUCCAUUGAUGUCAGCGCUCAAUCUAUGGCAGAGGACUUGGACUCUCUUCCAGAGAAACUGGCCAUUUAUGAGAAGAACAUUGAUGAGUUUGACGCGUUUGUGGACACCCUACAAUAGAUCAGAUCAGAGAUUGCAUCCUUCAGAACCCAUUUAUGCUUCUUGUUUUUUCAGACAAAGCAUCUUUCAUUGGAUGUCGUCUUGAACCAUGUUUUAUGUAAUUUUACCUUGAGAAAUAAGCAAUGGUGAGAAUCAUCUUGGGGAAAAAGUGAACAGAUUUCAGGAAAAUCCAUAGGCUUGUGUUAAGAAACAGAUUAUAAACUCACAAUUGUAUUUAUUAAGAUGACAGACAGUAUCUUGUAAGUAAACCUCACUGUAAUGAAUGUAUAAACCUGUACCAGCCUUCACUUUGGCAUCACACAACACAUCCGGUGUGCUGGCUAGUCACUGUAGCACUGACACCACCUAAAGCCUCAGAAUAUGUCCAGUUUGUAAUAGGCUUUCAUUUGAAUGACACUAUAGUGAACAUUGACAGCAGUGAGUUGUGAGUCUUACCUGCUUUUUGUAAAUGCCAUAAAAGCAUUUUACAUUUUUAUUCCUUGCUUAAUAGAGGACAGUUCAUGAUCACUACGUGUGAGGAUUUUUAAGGUCGGAGAGGCUUUCUGUGUUUCUCUUUCAUGAUUCUAUAUUAAAAGCUUUAUGUUGGCGCGUCAUUUAGGAGCUGGACCUUCUUUAAUUGUUUAAGUGUUUUAUCCCCCUCACUUUGUUAAUAUAGCAUGUAAAUGUUGUGUAAUAAACGGAUUUAUUUCAAACAAGUA